AAAAAUAAAUAAAUUGAGCUACCUGUUGAGAUGAAACCCUGCUGUGUCACUCGGGUACAUCAGACCUCUUUAACAAACCUUCAAAUAAAGUUUCAGUUAGCCUGUGUCCUAAUGUAAUAAUAAGGAAGUUAGUGCGCCUUUUGUUUAACAGAAGGGAAACAGCGAGAGCCUCAUUAUCACGUUAAUGCCCGGGUAGGGCGGUGAUUGGGACAUGAAUAAUGUAUCUCAGUGGGAGGAGACGGUUUCGGGGCUGAGUGUAGUCAGUUGGUGUGCGUCACGUUGUGAAUUGAAGACCAAGGACAUGGUCUGAAUGGCUGUCUUUACUGUCACUGGAGGAAGUUUUCAGGCACCGAACACCAGAACAAGGCAUGGCUGGGAAGCCUUUCCGGGCCACCUACAUCUGGAGCAGCAUCAUCUCCAAUCUCCACACUCACGUGGAAGUCAAGCGGCGGCGACACAACCUCAAGUCCUACCAUGACUGCUUCCUGGGCUCCGAGGCUGUGGAUGUGGUGCUGGCGCACAUCACCCUGAACCGUUUCUUUGGCGAUGAGGCAGUGCCUCGCUACAAGGCCGUCCGACUCUGUCAGGCCCUGAUGGACUCGAGGGUGUUUGAGCCGGUGGGCAUUAAAGUAUUUGGCAAGGAAAAGAAGCGGGCAACGUUUGAGGACAGUAGUUGCAGUCUGUACAGGUUCCUGAGCCCGACGACAACCACCUCCUCAUCGUCACUGACCGACGCCAAGUCUCUCUCCACUAGUACCAUUGAGAGCGGCUAUGAUUCACCGAGCAUGAACAGGAACAAGAACAGCUACAGUCCGUCACGUGAAAGACAAGAGGUGCUGAGCAACUCCACCCACUCUCCUGUAAAAACAGACAAAUCACUGGAGGACGUGCUGGGAAACCUCAACCUGAGCUCGACCAUCACCCCUCAGAUGAUCAACCUCGGCCUCUCACAAGAGCUUGUGGAUGAGGUGUGGCACCAGCAGGCGGUAUUCAGGCUGUUGCAGCUGAUAGAGCUCCCCCUGCUGGAGAACUUGUUGGAGGCCAAGGGCACAUCUCGGGCUCCCCUGCAUGGCAUGGACAGUGACCCGGACCUGUUGUAUACGUCAAGCUACCUAGACCGAGAGGUCCUCAAGGCCUUCAGUGAAGCACAGGCUGAUGAAUGGAUGUCAGGGGCAGUGGACUGUUUGGAGUUUCUGCCCGAUGAACUAGUGGUCGAGGUCAGUCGAGGUUUGGCUGGCUGCGCAGAUGACCUGCCCCAGUGUAAGAGGCUGCUCUACGAGGCCCUGGCUCAGCAUUACGGACACGCACAACAGCCGCCGCUGCUCAACAACCACGUCUUCGACAUACACUCUGGCAUCUCAGAGUUACUCGUGAAUGGCAAGCAAGAGCAAGCUCUGGAGGCUCUGCAGCUGAGUCUGAAGCUGCAGAACUCUCGCAGCAGGGAGGAGCUCCGCAGACUCCUGAGAUUCAUGGCCACUGCAGCCAAACCACAGGAGGUCAAACUGCACAAAGAGAUUGAGAACAGAAUGGCAGUGAAAAGGUCGUUCUCAAGUGCCAUCGUCUACAGCAGAAGACUUCCCAAAGGAAAAGUGGACUUGAUGGUUCUGUUCAUGAUGGAUAACCACUGCGAUCUUUUCAAAAUUCCCGUUUCAUUGCACAAGAUGGUCAGCGACAGAAUAAUGAACAUUGUGAAAGGGAAAGAUCCAGAUAUGAUAACAGGAUCAACAUACUGCACAAGACUGAGCGCAAAGGCCUAUUCAGAAAACGCACAAAAAACCACUAAAGAGGAACUCUGGUCCUUACUCCGCGCAGUCCACGAGAACCCUAAACUCUCCAUCAAAGAGAAGAGGCGGCUGCUGGGACAGUUUUACAAAGGCCAUCCAGAGAUUUUUGUUCAGUACUUUGGAAACAGACUAUCCAGUAUCAACAUGUUGUUACAGUAAUAUUUAUUAGUUAAAGAAACCAUGUAUUAUAAUGUAAAAAGAUGUAGAUCUAAGAACAAAAGCUGGUGUAAUGAUGUGUGAUGUGGUAAGUGGAUUUUAUUUGCCUGUGUGUAAAUAGUUUGAACUACUGAAAAAGAAUGUGAAUUGUAAUUGUAAAGACUCUUGAUAAGCUGCGAUAUUUAAGGACGUAUUUACAUGUCUUUAUUUUAUUUUAUUUUUUUUAGCUAUGUUCAUUGGUGCAGGACACUAACAUGAAAUGUCCUUGUCAGUUAUAUGUGAGACUGUUACUUUUCCGGAAUGGCAAAAUGAAUCACGUGUUCUUGAAAGUAAAAAAAAAAAAGAAAAGCAUUCUGUGUCUGCAGCCAGUGAAGACAGGUCUGCAUACGGCUUCUCAAUGGAUGUAUUCUCUGUGCUUGUGCAAUAGGAACAGUGUUAGCAAUAAAAAAAAUGUGUUCAUGUGUAAUGUCCGGUCUGAGGAGCCACCAAACGGAAAUUUGAACAUGGACAUUUUAAAGUCUAAUGAUGUGCUGUAGUAAACAGUCAGAGGCAUUCAUGAGAAUCAGCCCUCCGGGGUUUUGUGUUUGUUGCUACAAAUCAGCAAAACAGAUGUUUGUAAGUUUUUUUUUGUUUUUGACUGAAAACCUUAGCUGUGUUUUAGCGGCAUUUUCAAGGUUCUGUUUCAAAUAAGGUUUUUUGUACUGCGUCUAAUCAGCUGAGGAAAUUGCUUCCACAUUUUCCAGGUGACAGAAGCAUUCCUGCACUAACUUUAAACCACACACAACUUGUUUGUAUCUUAAUAAAGCUCAGCUGGAAUUGUCUAACAUUCAUAUAAGUAGACUGCUCCUCUUCAUUGUGGACACAAAAUGUGUAUACUCUUGAUUAAAAGAGAACAAAAUACAUCUGGAAUGUUCUACAAAACACAAAUUCUAUUUAAUUUUGUGUCAGUUUUGAGACAUAUUUUGCAGAGCUUUAUACCAGUUCCUACUGAACCAUAAGACAAGCUUUUCUGUCAAAUACAGUUACAUAUAGUCUC